CACAAGCAGCACUCUUAGAGCUUGCUCUGCUCUGUGACAGCAGCAGCAUUUUGACAAACACGGCCAGGUGGCAAAACGAGAGAAACUGAAACUUAAGUAUCGAUAUUUUCCCGUUGGUAUCGAUCAAUACCGAUACCAACGUUGGUAUCGAUAUUAUCGAUAUUAGUAUCGAUCUGCCCACCUCUAUUAUUUUUCGUCAGACAAGACGAGUCAGGUUGGCGUGAACAAGUUCGCUAUUGAUUGUGCGGGGAACUACCAACGAAGCCAGGCCUCGAGACGAACAAGAUUACGCGCCAGCAAGCAAUCAGUCGGCCGGGUGCCUAAUUUUUCCGUCAGACAAGACGAGUCGGUUUGGCGUGAACAAGUUCGCUAUUGGUGCUUUAUGAUUUACCAGGCUCAACUACUCAUUUGAUGAAGUGGACUUGUAAAUUUAGCAAAUUUACCUCGUACAUUCAAAAGACUAUAGUGAAUCAUUACAAGGACAAGCAUGGACGUGGAAGAACAGGUGGCCGGCCAUGUUCUGUGAGAGACAGGACACAAACGAAAGAAGGACUGCUGCUCUGCUGGGUCUGCCACACUACCUAAAAGAAGAGCCAUCAGACGUCAUCAGGAUGUGUGACGCCCAUGGUUAGACUCUGGCUGCAUCCAUGGAAGGGAUGCAACUUGGCCUGUUGAUAGGCUAUGUCGGUGACAACCAGGAUGCCUUUCCAUGUGAGGUCUUCAAUGUGACAGUUGUGGUUGAGGAGACUGUUGUGUUUCACAACUUCAAGGAUGUGCCAUCCAGCUUUGCCAUGCUUUUGGGGAUCAUCUUCUGCGUUAACCUUGAAUAUCCACGAGCCAUGAAGUAUUCCUUUGAGUUCCUUCAGAGGGUAGUGAUGAAGUUUAAACUAGAUCAAGCCUCUGCCAGAGUCCAUGGCAUCCGAACAAGCUCCUGAGGUGGCUUUCCCUCCCCUGUUAAAUGACCAUAACUCCAUCUCUUGGGCGAGGAUGAAUGAAACCCACACACAUAUAAUCAAGAUCAUCAAAGCAUCAAAGGAGAUUGAAGUUAUGAUAGAAGCCCAUAGAAACUCAGCGCACACCCUCUGAGAUGAUAAACGACUAGCAAGGACAGAGAGACGUGUGCCCAUGCUCAUGUGUUUCCUGAACACACAAGAAGGAUCUGAUGGGACUGUGUGCAGGACAACAGCACUAGCUCGGCGACAAGGAAAUGGGCGUAUGCUGAAGUUGACCCCAACAAACAUCCUUCAAUUUACUGGUGAGCUGAAAAGGGCGGAAAGCAGCAACAGACCUGGAUAAACACGUCCAUAUUUGCCUCUGCUGGAUUUGGAUCACAUUUGGUGCUGCUCAUCACCAUGGCGUCUCUUCUGCUGUUUGUCACACUGUUUCAUCUCAUCACACUGACGGCGCUCUUCGUCGCCACCAUGCAGAAGUCCUGGUGGGUUUGGGACGGCUCAGAACACUCGGACCUGUGGUACAACUGCAGAAUUAACAAUACAACAGAGAAAAUGUCCUGUGAAUCAUCAAACGAGACGGAGUGGCUGCAUGCUGUCCAGGUUCUGAUGAUCCUGUCUGUGGUUUUCUCCGCCGUCUCUUUCCUGAUCUUCCUGGGACAGCUCUUCACCAUAUCUAAAGGAGGACUCUUUUACCUCACCGGCGUCUGCCAGGCAUUUGCCGGGCUGAACGUCUUCACGGCUGUGCUCAUUUACACUCUGCACAAUAAAGAAAUCCUUCCGGUCUCGCGGGAGCUGAGCUCGGGACACUUCGGCUACUGCUUUUACUUGGCCUGGGUUUGUGUGCCUCUGCUCCUGUGCAGCGGAGCCAUGUACAUCCGUCUGCGCAAAAAGGAAUAGAAACGAGUCUCCUGGAAAAUUGAUACACAUUUAUUUUGUGAUUAUUUAGACUGUAUUUAACCUUAUAUAAAUAUACAAAGCUGAAAUACACCCGAAGAUCAGCCCAUUAGUUAACUCUUAAAAGGCAACCAUUUAGCUGAUUAGAUCUAUUUUAAUAAUAAAUUCGUUUCAUAUUGAAUGGAUACUUUAUAUAACAUUAUAGUGGUGCCAAUAUGCAAAAGUUUUAAGAUGUCUUUUGUAAAAAAAAAUAAAAAAUAAAAAAUAAUAAUAAUAAUAAAUCAAUUAGGUCAUUAA